AAUUUUAAGCUCGAGUUCGGCCAUCAUCAAGGCAGGACGAGUUCUGUCUGGCAUGGAGGUACAGCGACCAUUGUUCAGAGCCCUGGAGACGAAGUAUGGGGAAUAGUGUGGAAAAUGAAUGCUAGCAAUUUAAGAUCACUGGAUAAGCAAGAGGGAGUUGAAGAUGGCAUUUAUGUCCCAAUAGAAGUUAAUGUCCACACUCAAGCAGGAAAAGUACUGACCUGUCGAAGCUACCAGAUGAAGGAUUAUGUCUGUGGUCCCCCUUCUCCUCAGUAUAAAAAGGUUAUCUGCAUGGGUGCAAAACAGAAUGGCUUGCCAACUAACUACCGAAAUAAAUUAGAAGCUAUUGAAACGAAUAACUAUGCAGGGCCGGUGCCAAUCAUGGAAGAGAUUGAGGCUGCUAUUAAUACAAAGAAAAUAAAUUCUGCAUAGAAUAGCUCUGCACUUGCUUGGCCAUUCACCUUGAUUUAGAUACCUCUCCUCACCAUGCUGAUCAGCAGUUUCUUUAUAGAGAAAAGAUGAGGUUGCUGUGCAUCUACAGUAAGCCAUUAGACAUAAUUUGCAGUCUGAAGACACACUGACAUUGUUAACUUCUUCACUUUGUAUGUAUAGCUUGAAGUUUUUGCAGAUUUGGAAAUUAUCUUCUUGUAAUUGUCAUGCAGUGCUGCAUGCAAAUUUGUGCUUCAUGUCCUGUUUAUAGACCUUCUUAAAAGACAAAGG